AUGAGUGAUGAAGCGAUCACUUACACAACUGUGAGAUUUGGUAAGUCUUCAGAAUUGCGGACCAGAGAAAGGAAGGACGAGAGUCAAGAGCCGAGAGAAACUUUUCACAGAGAGUGUUUAGUCCCCAGGUACCUCAUGGCAAUAACUCUGGGAAUCCUUUGUUCCCUUCUGGUGGCCGUCGCAGUGUUGGUGGCAUAUGUUUUUCAGUAUAGUAGAAACAACCAUGGACUGCAGAAAACUCUAAACAACUUCACUCAACAGUAUUACACCCUGCAAAGUAACAACUUCUUAAUGAAAGAAAUGCUGAGAAAUAAGUCUAGAGAGCUUGAUGACUUCAAACGUCAGAAGGAACUUGACUCCUCCAACAGAGAAAAGAACAGAUGCUGUGGGGAAACUAAAGUUUUCGACUGCAUACAGCUCAGAGGCAAAUAUGUAGACGGAUACUGGUUCUGCUCUGGCAUAAAAUGUUAUUUCAUCAUGGACAAACAAGACUGGAGUGGAUGUAAACGGACCUGCCAGGACUGUAGCUUGUCCCUUUUGAAGAUAGACGAUGACGAUGAACUGAAGUUCCUUCAGGUCAAAGUGAAUUCAAACAAUUACUGGAUUGGAUUAUCGUAUGAUACAGGAAAAAGCAAAUGGCAAUGGAUUGACAAUGGCCCAUCUAACCUUGACUCGAAAAUAGCAAAUUUCAAUCUUAAACCUGGAAGAUGUGCAUUUUUAUCUAGAACAAGACUGGAUGAUACUAAGUGUGAAGAUUCUUACCCCUGUAUCUGUGAGAUGAGAAUGGAUAAAUUCCCCAAUUCACCCUCCAGAAAGAGAAUUCUUCUGCAGUUCUAUCUCUUUGAAAAUUUGAUAUCUACGUGUUCUGGCCUCAGAGAUCCUCUUGCCUCAGAUUCUCAAGUACUGGGACAAAAGGCAGGUAUUUUCCCAUACCUCCUAGCAAUCAUUGAUGUGACCACUAGUUCAAAAGUUUUAUCUUAUAUCGGGGAAGGCAGCCGCCUUCCAAAAUCUUUAUAG